AUGUCAUCCAAUCCUCCGAAGAAAAUGGUCUAUGUCCGCCUAGGUAGCUCAGGCCUUAAAGUAUCGCGGCUCAUCCUGGGGUGCGGGAUAUACGGGAAAAAGUCAUGGGGCCAGUGGAUGGUUGAAGAGGAAGAGGCAAUCAAACAGAUCAAGGCAGCAUACGACGCUGGUAUUCAGACAUUUGACACGGCAAACAUGUACGCAAAUGGGGAGUCCGAACGUAUACUGGGGAAAGCAAUUAAACAGCUGAAUUUACCACGGGAUGAAAUCGUGGUCAUGACCAAACUGUACCAAGUCGUCCCGCAUGAUCCUGACGCAUCCCCUUAUGUUCACACUGGCGCUCGUGCCGAUGCUGACGGCUAUGUGAACCAGUAUGGUCUCAGUCGAAAGCACAUAUUCGACUCCAUCAAGCACUCUCUCGAGCGACUUCAAUUAGACUAUGUCGAUGUACUCCAAUGCCAUCGGUUCGACUACAACACUCCUAUCUCCGAGACUAUGCAAGCGCUGCAUGAUGUAGUCAAGGCGGGAUAUGCUCGCUAUAUUGGAAUGACGACCUGCCACGCCUACCAGUUUCACGCAAUGCAAAACUAUGCGAUCAAUAACAACUUGACGCCAUUUAUCUCAAUGUCCAAUCAAUAUAAUCUCAUCUACAGAGAAGACGAAAGAGAAACGAUACCGACUCUGAAGAUGUUAGGAGUGGGCUUCAUGCCCUGGUCUCCGCUUUGCCAAGGGGUAUUAGGUCGGCCAUAUUCUCAAACAAGCAUUAGAGGCGAGACGAGCUUUACGGCUAGCUGGGCGAACACGACCAAGGAAGACAACAAAGAAGUUAUUUUACGUCUGGAACAAAUUGCCAAAUCCCGGGGGGUCAGCAUGGCUCAAGCCGCAAUUGCGUGGCACCUAUCCAAGGAUGGCGUUACUGCGCCCAUCAUCGGCGCGUCGAGUAUCCAAAGACUUCAAGAAACAAUUGGUGCUUUGGAUAUCAAGCUGACGGAUGAGGAAAUUAAACACUUGGAAGAACCAUAUGUUGCCCAGGCCACCCAGGGAUACGUUUAA